AUGAGCACAGCAGAGCACAGCCGUGGACCGGCCGGGCGCAGCGGUUCUCCGCUGAGACCAGCGUCUUUCAUAAGAACUUCUUCCGGAACGUACGUUAUCACCGGCUGCGAACGGAGUCCACGUUUCGUCGUUGUGAAUCCGAUGCAUGUCAUGACGCUGUCGAGGAGAUCGUUGGGAGUCAAACUGGCUCAACGCUUCCAGCACGCGUCCCAGAAAUGGUUCACGCACGUCAUUCUGCUUUCGGUGUUGAUGUGUUACUGUAUGGCAGGCGCCGUCGUGUUCAAAAUAAUUGAGGGACCUUAUGAAGGCUCAAUCAAGAAUAGCGUGGUCGAGGUCCGACAAACCAUCAUCGACCAAAUCUACAGGAAUCUCACGAGGACUUCUGGCUGUGCUUGUCCUGAGUCGCGAGCGUGGAAGGUGUUCGCGACAGAGCGGAUGAAAGAUUAUCAAGAGCAGCUGCUAGCAAUGUGGAAAGCCGGGGUCAAAAGCUCCCCGGAGAAGAGGAUGUGGACUUUUUGGGGAUCGAUGUUCUACUGUGGCACUGUUUUCACCACGAUAGGUUAUGGGAACAUUGCACCGAGCACCGGGGCAGGCCGGAUCGCAACGAUCCUCUACGCUUCGAUCGGCAUCCCUCUUCUGCUGACGGUCUUGGCUGAUCUGGGGAAACUUUUCACCAGAGUUAUGAAGCUGGCCUUUCGAUGGAUUCAGAAGUUCUAUGAAACAGACGAAGUUCGAUACAUCCGUCAGAAAAGCCAGGAAGCAGCCAAGACUCCCAAGCAGUUCCUCCUCCCAUGGGUCGCGAGACUGCCGCGGUUCGACUUCGCGACACCGGAGGAAGAAUACGAAGAGGAAGAGAAGCCACCGCCAGCUGACCAUGAUGAUGCCGAGAAAGCAGCAGGGACGACAAAAGUUCAGCAACCGAGAGCUGUUCGUGGGAAGACCAGACGUCGCGCCCGAAGGGAACUGCCAGCUCCACCUAUACCGGUUUCUCUGGUGGUAGCUUUCCUCCUCAUCUACAUGCUCUGUGGAUCGUUGGCCUUCUCCAUAUUCCAUGAGUGGACAAUGUUCGAAUCCUUCUACUUCAUCUUCGUGUCGAUGUCGACCAUCGGCUUCGGCGACUAUGUUCCGGAGCAUCCUUUGACCAUGAUGGCUACAUUCGUCUAUCUCCUAUUCGGUCUCGCGUUGACGUCGAUGUGCAUCAACGUUAUACAGGAGAAACUCAACGCCACCUUCCAGAAGGCUAAACUUCAUAUAGCACUAUCGUUGGGUUUAGAGCCGGAAGCGUUUCAAGACGAAGGUCUGACUACGGUCUACGAAGACCUCAGAGAGGACUUCGUCGAAAGAUUGGAUGACAUGAAGCGUGGUAGCAUAGUUCAAUUGUAGAUUGCGUGUGGGAUAAA